AUGACAUCAGCACCAGCCAGGCUUUUCAACUCCUCUUGCUCCUUCAAGAAGACAUUGCAGUGCAGCUGUGCCUUCCAUGGGGUCCCCACACCCUCCGUGCAGUGGUGGCUGGGAGGUGCCCCUGUGGAUGGCACAAAUGGCAGUCUCCAGGUGAUGUCCAUCGUGCUUGGCCCCUGGGCAAACAGCACCAUCCGCCUGACAGAGAAGCCAGAAAUGGGCACGAGACUUGUCUGUGAGGGGAAGAACCAAAACGGAAUCCACACUUCCAGCAUCCUACUGAUGUCAAGUUCUUUGGUUUCCCAGACAUUCAUGAAAGGGCUGAUCCAAGGUGUUGUCUACGGAACCAUUGCAGUUACACUGCUCUUCCUCUGCCUCCUUCCCCUCAUAGUAAAAUAUAUCAGAAUGAAGCAGGCAAAGAAAAUCGCAGCAAUCAAAGCAAAAAAGAUCUCAAAAGGCAAAGCAAGCCAAGAACCCAAGAUGUCUCUGAAGUCUAAGGAACCAGGAGCGUCCACAGUUGUCCCAUCUUCUAAGAGGCAGAUACUGGAAAAGCGAGAUCAACAAGCCAACUGA